GCUGCGACGCGACAAACGACGGAAUCUGAAGCCGCCCAUUACCGCACUGCGCGUCUUCGUGCCUGAGUGAUGGCCGAGCCACAGCUUGCCACGGCUACUGCGACUCUGCAUGCCCGCAACAUCCGCGAAGGGUAUUUACGCAUCUGGUGCCUUACGCGCGUGUUUGAUCAUUGUUCACUGUUCUCACAGACGCUCUUCUCUGGCUGAUUGAUCUUGUGUACACUAACGCCACGAUGCCGUCUACACAGUUUGCUUUCAAGGAGAAAUACCGAUACCAGAAUGGCUUCAACUCUUACCAUGAGACUGAAGCAGUAGAAGGCGCGCUUCCAAUUGGUGCAAACUCUCCUCAGAAACCCCCAUAUGGCCUCUACGCCGAGAAGCUGUCAGGCACCGCCUUCACGGCUCCGCGACACGAGAACCAGCAAACAUGGCUUUACCGCAUCCUGCCUUCAUGCGGACACAGCAACUUCGAGCCCCGCGAGUCCAAAACGUUCAACACGAACCCCGAGAACAAGCCGUGGGAGAAGAUACACUACAUCCCAAACCAGCUACGAUGGGAUCCCUUUGAUCUCGACGAGACGGUGGACUGGGUGCAUUCACUCCAUCUAGUGGCUGGUGCGGGUGAUCCUACAAUGAAGUCAGGAGUUGGAUACUUUAUCUAUGCCGCAGGAAAGGAUAUGGAAGCCAACGAGGCAUUCUACUCGGCUGAUGGCGACUUCUUGAUUGUGGCACAACACGGCGUGCUCGAUAUCCAGACGGAACUGGGUCGCCUCGUUGUGCGUCCGAAUGAGAUUUGCGUCAUACCGCGAGGUAUUCGGUACCGUGUCACAUUACCAGAAGGCCCGGUGCGAGGCUACAUCUUGGAGUUGUAUCAAGGCCAUUUCACGCUUCCCGAGUUGGGGCCCAUUGGCUCCAACUGCCUUGCAAACGCGCGAGACUUCCAGGCACCAGUAGCGGACUUCGACGAAGAUACCGAGACAGAGUGGAACAUCCUCGCCAAGUUUGCCGGACACCGCUACGCUGCGAAGCAGAGGCAUACACCGUUCGACGUGGUCGCAUGGCAUGGACUCUACUAUCCGUACAAGUACGAUCUUGGACGCUUCAACACCAUAGGCUCCAUUUCAUUCGACCAUCCAGACCCGUCCAUAUUUACCGUUCUCACUGCGCCAACAGACCGGCCAGGUACCGCGGUGGCUGACUUUGUCAUCUUCCCACCGCGAUGGUUAGUGGCUGAGAACACUUUCCGACCACCAUGGUACCACCGCAACACCAUGUCCGAGUUCAUGGGACUUAUCGGUGGUCAGUAUGAUGCGAAGACUGGUGGAGGCUUCCAGCCGGCUGGCGCUUCUCUGCACAAUGUCAUGUCCGGCCAUGGACCCGACGCUGCGACUCAUGAGAAGGCAUCUAAUGUCGACCUACAGCCCAACAAGGUCGGUGAGGGCAGCAUGGCGUUCAUGUUCGAGAGCUGCCUCAUGAUUGGCGUGACAGACUGGGGCCUCACAAAGUGCCAGAAGAUACAAGAAGGCUACAACGCGGAGAGCUGGGAGCCACUGAAGCCGCAUUUCAAGAGGCCUGGCCCUAAGAAGAUUGAUAAUGGUGUCUCGCCACUGGUGGCAGGAGCGGAAGGCGACAAAGGCCAAGUGCCUCACUAUACCUGAGCUCGCUGAUGUCGGGAUGUUGUACUUUUAGCGUUUGGCCCGAGUUGGCCACUUCGGUGAUAUUCGGUGCUUACGACCAGGCUUACUGCAUUGGUAUCAGUAGGAUGGCGCGUCGCGAGCGCUCAACAGGGUGUCGUUUCAAUGCCCCGCAGCGUGCGUUUGAACAAGAUAGAGUGAAGUUUGAGCAUACAUAUAAGCAUCAUGGAUCUACCGUGUCAACUACCAGCU